GUUCAAGUAGUGUACGCGUAGAUGACUUUGAAGUUUGGCACCGGAUGUGGGAGGCGUUCGUUCUACUUGCUCGUAGCUUGUAAGUGUCAGCAAAAGGGAGCACCGGCGGGUUGCAGGCGAGCAAAUAGUGGCCAGACGUCAACAUGAGCCCCACAGGUGAGGCGGUGUCGGGUGGCGAUGGCGGCGUGUUCCCGGUGAACCGCCUGCGAUGGGACCUGAGCGCAGAGCAGAUUCAGCAGGCGGCCGACAGGCUAAUGGAAGACACCAAGAGGGUUUACGACGCUGUGGGCGCUCUGGACCUGGACGCCGUCACCUUCCAGAACACCGUAAAGGCGCUGGCGGACGUGGAGGUGGACUACACUGUGGAGCGAAACACGCUGGACUUCCCUCAGCACGUUUCUCCCUGCAAGGACGUGCGAGCGGCCAGCACGCAAGCCGACAAACGUCUGUCUGAGUUUGACGUAGAGAUGAGCAUGAGGGAGGACGUCUACCUUAGGAUUGUGGCCUUGCAGGACAAGCUGGAGUGCGCCAGCCUGCCGCCCGAGUCACAGCGCUACAUGGAGCGCCUGCUGAAGUUGGGCCGGAGGAACGGGCUCCACCUUCCCAAAGACACGCAGGAGGAGAUCAAGAGUAUCAAGAAGACGCUGAGCACCUUGUGCAUCGACUUCAACAAAAACUUGAACGAGGACACCACCAGCCUGAGCUUCAGCAGGGACCAACUGGGUGGCCUGCCGGAAGACUUCCUGAGCUCGCUGGACAAAGAUGGAGAGAAUCUGAAGGUGACCCUGAAGUAUCCCCACUACUUUCCCACCAUGAAGAAGUGCUUUGUGCCGGAAACUCGAAGGAAGCUGGAGGAGGCCUUCAACUCGCGCUGCAAGGAGGAUAACUCUGCCAUCUUGAAGGAGAUGGUGGCCCUCCGUGCUCGGAAGAGUUCCCUCCUGGGUUUUGGCACCCACGCCGAUUUUGUGCUGGAGAUGAACAUGGUCAAGUCGGCCAAGCGGGUGGCCGUCUUCCUGGGUGAGCACUCGUCCGCAUGGUGUCCGCAUGGCGUCCACAUGGCGUCCGCACCUGGCAUCCGCACCUGGGGUCCGCAUGGCAUCCGCGUCCCCUCUUACUCUUACUCCUCAGAGGAGCUGUCUCACAAACUGAAACCUUUGGGGGACCAGGAGCGCCAACUCAUUCUCAAGUUGAAGGAGGAGGAGUGCCUCAAGCGGGCGCUGCACUUUGAUGGGCGACUGCACGCUUGCGACACGCGCUACUUUAUGACGCAGGUGGAGGAGAGCCAGUACGCGGUGGACCAGAACCUCCUAAAGGAGUACUUCCCCAUGGAUGUAGUGACCCAGGGUUUGCUGGAUAUCUACCAGGAGCUCCUGGGUCUGACCUUUGAGCUGCUCCAAAGUGCCCCCGUCUGGCACUCCGACGUCAAGGUCUACGUUGUGAAGGACCGCAGCCAUGGCCAGGUGCUGGGACAGUUCUACCUGGACCUGUACCCCAGGGAGGGCAAGUACGGCCAUGCGGCGUGCUUCGGCCUCCAGCCCGGCUGCCUCCUGGCCGAUGGCCAUCGUCAGAUGUCUGUGGCUGCCAUGGUCGCCAACUUCAGCAAGCCCACCCCCGCCGCGCCCUCGCUGCUGCAGCAUGAUGAGGUGGAGACCUACUUCCAUGAGUUUGGACACGUCAUGCAUCAGCUGUGCGCACAGGCUGACUAUGCCAUGUUCAGCGGCACUCACGUGGAGCGCGACUUUGUGGAGGCGCCAUCGCAGAUGUUGGAGAACUGGGUGUGGGAGAAGGAACCUCUGCGCAGGAUGUCCAGACACUAUCGCACGCAGCAGCCCAUCCCAGAGCAGCUCCUGGACAAACUCAUCAAGUCUCGCCUGGCCAACACCGGACUCUUCAACCUGAGACAAAUCGUGCUAGCAAAGGUUGAUCAGGCGCUGCAUACGCACAGCAGCCUGGACCCUGCCGAGGAGUAUGCGCGACUUUGCCAGGAAGUGCUCGGAAUUCCCGCUUCUCCCGGAACCAACAUGCCAGCCACGUUCGGGCAUUUGUCCGACGGCUACGACGCGCAGUACUACGGCUACCUGUGGAGCGAGGUGUUCUCCAUGGACAUGUUUUACGCCCGCUUCAAACAGGAAGGAAUCAUGAACCCAGAGGUGGGCCUGGACUACAGGAAAUGCAUCCUGGGCCCCGGCGGCUCUGUGGACGCAGCAGACAUGUUGAAGAAGUUCCUGGGGCGCGAACCCAAGCAAGAAGCGUUCCUCAUCAGCAAAGGGCUGCCUCUGGAUCUGGAGCCCGCGACGCCGUGUCCUUGCUGAGCAAAUAAAAGCAACACAAGUGCUCGUGUCACCGCA